UUUUUUCGUAGGUAUAACAAUUCUGUAUUUUUAUGUGUUAGAUUUUAAACAGACACAUACACACAAGUGUUUGCGUGUUGCUGGAAUACAUUUUAAUGACUGUACAAACGAAUUAAACAGUUCUUCACAUAUAUACUUUAUAUUACAGAGUAUAUCCAGUUAAAGCCAAUUCGCGCUAAGCAGGUCACUCGAGCCACGACCAUAGUCGAGCAGAGAAGUGGUAUCGCCCUAUUGAAGGGAAAUGUGGCACCGUGUUAAAAAUAAAUACAGAUAUAUUACCUCUAAAGUGUAGUCGUUUUAAACAGUCGGAGACGUCAGCGGCGAGAUGCAGACGAACGGAGCCGAAGACGGACAGGAGGAGCUGGAGCAGGAGCAGGAGCUGGAGCUGGAGCUGGGCUGCCUCGCGGGCGCGCAGAACGGAGAGGCUGGCUCCUCGGCUGUGGUCGCGCACGCCAACGGGCUCGUGUCCGGCACGAACGGCGCAGGUGCCGCCGGGAACAGCGACAGCGAGAGUAACGGCGUGUCCGCGGCUCCUUCCGCCGCGCUCGGCCCCUCAGGGAAGCCGAAGAGGCGCUUCAGUCAGUCGGACGAAGACCUGAUCCGACUCAUAGGGCAGCACCUACACGGGUUAGGGCUCAAUCAGACAGUGGACCUGUUGAUGCAAGAGUCCGGCUGCAGAUUGGAGCACUCCGCUGCUACCAAGUUCCGUAACCACGUGAUGGAGGGAGAGUGGGACAAGGCUGAAAGUGACCUCAAUGAAUUGAAAGCAUUGAUGCACUCUCCCAGUGCUAUUGUGCGAAUGAAGUUCUUGCUGCUACAGCAGAAGUACCUGGAGUACCUGGAGGAUGGAAAGGUGUUAGAGGCGCUGCAGGUGUUGAGAGGCGAACUCACGCCGCUCAAGUAUAACACCGACCGCAUCCAUGUCCUCAGCGGGUAUUUGAUGUGCAGCCAUGCAGAGGACUUGCGAGCAAAGGCAGAGUGGGAGGGCAAGGGGGCUGUGUCACGCUGCAGACUGCUUGACAAGCUGCAGACAUACCUGCCUCCUUCGGUGAUGUUGCCCCCACGCAGGCUACAAACUCUGCUGCGGCAAGCUGUGGAGCUGCAGAGGGAUCGCUGCCUUUAUCACAAUACAGCACUCGAUGGCAACCUUGACUCUGUUUCCUUGCUGAUUGACCACGUUUGCAGUCGGAAACAUUUCCCUUGCACCACCCAGCAGGUUCUGACAGAACACUGCAACGAGGUGUGGUUCUGCAGGUUCUCCAAUGAUGGCACCAAGCUGGCCACGGGGUCGAAGGAUGCAACUGUGAUCAUAUGGCAGGUGGAUCCUGAUACACAUCAGUUGAGAGUGCUGCGUACCCUGGAAGGCCAUGCCUACGGUGUCUCUUACCUGGCCUGGAGCCCCGACGACACGUACCUAGUAGCAUGUGGUCCCGAUGAUUGCUCUGAACUCUGGGUCUGGAAUGUCCAGACAGGGGUGCUGCGGACGAAGAUGAGUCAGUCCCACGAGGACAGCCUUACCAGCGUGGCCUGGAAUCCAGACGGCAGACGAUUUGUGACUGGGGGACAGAGGGGGCAGUUUUACCAGUGUGACCUGGAUGGGAACCUGCUGGAUUCCUGGGAGGGUGUACGGGUCCAGUGCUUGUGGUGUUUGAACGAUGGACGGACAGUCCUGGCGUCGGACACGCAUCAGCGUAUCCGUGGUUACAAUUUUGAGGAUUUGACAGACAGGAACAUAGUACAAGAAGAUCACCCUAUAAUGUCUUUUACUGUUUCAAAGAAUGGAAGAUUAGCUUUGUUAAAUGUAGCAACUCAGGGAGUGCACCUGUGGGACCUGCAGGACCGUGCACUGGUGAGGAAGUACCAAGGUGUGACUCAAGGCUUUUAUACCAUCCACUCCUGCUUUGGAGGUCUCAACGAAGACUUCAUUGCUAGUGGGAGUGAAGACCAUAAAGUGUAUAUCUGGCACAAGCGCAGUGAGCUGCCCAUUGCCGAGCUGAGCGGACACACACGCACGGUGAACUGUGUGAGCUGGAACCCCGUCUAUCCAGGUUUCAUGGCCAGUGCCUCAGAUGAUGGCACUGUAAGGAUCUGGGGCCCCUCACAGGAUCCACAGGACUGCGACGAGCUCAAUGACGGCAGCGGUGGCAUGGAUAGUUGAUGGGGAACUAUGAAGUGGAACUCUUCUCUGAAAACAAUAGUUAAAAAAAAAAAAAAAAAAAAAAAAACGGAGAGGAAUACAAAAAACAUUUGUUUGGUGAGGCAGUUACCACAGCAGCCACGCGCAUACAUUUGCAGACAAAAAGCCCCUCUCUGACUUCACACCUGGAUGCUGUGUGAUGACACGAAGCGUUGCACUUCUGCACUGUCUUCACAUCACCACCUGGGCUGCUCCUUUGCACCCGUUUCCAGCUGUCGGACUAAAUCAUGACUUGAGCCACCACCAGACACGAGACGUCUGCGGCCCUUUUACUCUUCUUCUCUUUUUUUUUUUUUUUUUUUUUAAUUCUUUCGUCCUCAUCCAAAGCAUAGCAUUGAAACUCCAACACAACAAUGUUAAAGAUCAUAUUAUUUAUAUUGAGUUGUAUAUUUAAGUGCUGACAAUAGGGUAUGACAGCUGUUCAUCUUUACAUUUAUACAAAGCUAAGCUAACACACAGAGAUAUGAUGAUGAUGAAAAGGCUCACUUGCAUCAAGACCUCCUUAAGGGGUAUGCUUGGUCCCAGGGAACCUUUUGCUUGAGUUUCAUGAGCGCUACGGAUGGGAGAGACAGAUCAUCCUUUUACAUUAUUUAUACUACUUGUAAAUCACAUGUGGAAUUAUUUAUAUACCCAUCACCCUUUUUCCUUUUGUGUGCGCUUAUGUAUUGUUUAUGCCAAGUGCAGGUAUGAUCACUCCUAUACUGACACGGUAGAAGUUAAGGUUGUGAGACUUCCUCAGUUUGUUCCUUUUUAUGUUCCAGUGGAUUACACUGCGAUUUUAAAGGACCUGACAUUUCUGUCAGUCCACGGGGCAAGAAGAGUGUCUCUGAAGGGAAAGGAGGGACUUGUACGUGCAAAAGAGUUGUGUCCUACUGCAGAAUGUUACUGAAGCUCUAGUGAAGAUCAGGGGGAGCUGGAUGGUCUCAGCGGGAUAUAGUGCUACUUCCUCAGCCGUCACACUAGAGCACUGGAAGGGCUGACAGUUUCCAAAAUAAAAUGUAAACAUGUGAUAUGGCUGACAGUACAGACAGCCAAACUGUAAAGGUAAGAUCACUUUCUGAUUCAUAACAACAAACAUGAGCGUGCUAUUAAUGUAAGCUAGGGUUUGGACCCCAUGUUUACUCUGUAUGAACUAUACAUUCAAAAUAACUGCUUUACAGAAAGCUGUACGUAAUAUGGAAAAGAUUAAUAGACAUAGAAACAAUUUGUAAUAUGGUGAAUAUGCAGUUUCUGAGCCCCUUCUCUGUCGCAUCUGUGGGGACAUUGACAAGUCAUGCCAGUGGAGACCAUCAUCUUUUGAUGUUAUAUCCUGCUGAGACUUUUUUGUCCUUGUGCUCAAGAAAGAGCCUCGAGUCCUUUGCUGUUACCCACUGCUCUAAUCGUCACAGAGUUCUGUGGAGAUGUGUACAGGGUGGGAACAUAGUACAAAUGGCAUAUAGACCUGUUUCUCCAGUGUGUUCCACUGUCCCUGUCCCCUCCUUUGCGUUUGUUAUUGUCCCCAGCUUUGACCUUAUUUUUCUUGUGUUUUAUUCUCUAUUUAUCUGCAGUGUGGUGUUUUCAUGGCCUUACCUGACCUUGGCUUUAGGUCUUGCUCAGUACAGCAGCAGCUAUAGAGCAGUACUAUUGUCUGUGAUUUUGCUUUUAAUGGCGGUAGGGGAUUACUAGCAUUACCGUACAGUUACUUUUAUUUGUUUUCUUGUAGUACAACAUUGAAAUAUGGCUAGCUUAUGGAUCUCUAUUUUUCUAUUUCUACAGCUUUUUAUCUCAUCCACUCUCUUGUAAAUGUAAAAUGUGAGCGAGAACCAAGAUGUUGAUGAUCCUUUGCACUGUUCCAAGUUAACAGGCUUAAAAUGACUACCACUUAUGACAUGUAUGCAGCGUGUUGUACAAAAGCUUGGGACCUGUAGGAUUGUACACUACAGCAUGCCAUGCUUAUGACAUAAAGGCGCCUACACAGGUGAUGGAACAGCACCAUAUCUCACCACCAGCAGAAAAGCUUCCACAAAAAUGAUGUUCUUGCAAGUUUGUCUGUUUUGUCUACAUUUAAGACUUCUGUGGUUAUUGUACCACUGUGUGCCUAGGAGCAAUGGAGGGCCUGGGUCAUUUUUCAUUUAAAUGUAUCACUCUUGCAGAUGUGAUUGUACCGUUAUGUGAUGUAGGAGAAUGUUAUGUAUGUACAUUUUAAAUAAAGCAAUCAGGGAGCUGAGAAGAGAAUCUUA